UGCGACUGAUGUACACAAAAUUACAGCUCCAGCAAGCGUCGCCAGCUCUCCAGUAAAUAAUAGUGAUCAACAGGAAGCGGCUCGGAGGUGAGUUCUGAUCGAGGGGAAGUGACAAGAUACGGUCUAUCUGACUGCACAGAAGGAUAGAUAAAUUUUCUAGCGAUCCCCGCAGUCUGAAGAGCGUUCCCUACCCUAAGAUCGCGAUCUGACAGUGUGCAAUUUUCUCCGCGUGUGUAGCCAACUAGAUCGCGAAGGCUAUGGACAGCAGUGACGACGACCUGAUCCCCAUCUCGGUACUGCGCAAGAAGAGCAAGCCGCCGACGCCCAAUGGCUCCUCUCCCUCUGCCAGGCGCAACGCCGCACGAGUGGUGAAGAAGGAGACGAAACGCGUGAUCGAUGAGGACUCGGACUCUGACAGUAUGCCUCUGGUACAGCUUAAGAAGAAGGCUGUCAGCAAGAAGGUGAUAACGAAAAGCAGUAAACCAACCACAGAGAAGAAGAAGGUGUCGGUCAAAAAGGAGACGGGUGUGAAGCGGAAAGCCCCGAGUUCUUCUUCCGCCACUUCUGCCUCUAAAAGCCGAAAGAUUAAGGUCACUUCGUCGGUAUCCAAUGGCAAGGUCAAGGUGAAGAAGGAGAAGUCUGUCAGUGUACGCAAACUCAAGGUGCAUUCCAAGAGCGAGCGACUGGAUAUGGCCAUCAAGGCCUUCCGCUGGUGGAACGCAGAGGAGCUGCCCGAGGGCAUCCAGUGGCGCACACUAGAGCACAACGGCGUCAUGUUCCCUCCCCCAUACAAACCACACCAUGUGCCACUGCUAUACAAUGGUAAAGAGAUCGAACUGACUCCUAGUCAGGAAGAAGUCGCCAGUUUCUAUGCUGCUAUCCCCAAGGACGGUCCACAACUCGGCAACCCGAAGACAGCCAAGAUCUUCAACAAGAACUUCUUCACAGACUUCAAGAAGGUGCUGGGCAAACAGCAUGAAGUCAAGACAUUUGAAGGGUGCGACUUUUCUCGAAUUGCUGCUCAUUUGGAGAAGCUUCGCGAAGAGAAGAAGAACAUGACGAAAGAGGAGAAACUGCCAGAGAAAGAGAAGCGCGAGAUGGAGGUGUUCACCAAUGGUUUCGCCUUUGUAGACGGCCAUUUAGAGAAGGUUGGCAACUUCCGUAUUGAGCCUCCUGGUCUGUUCCGUGGUCGUGGUGAGCACCCAAAGACUGGUACUUUGAAGGAACGUGUGAUGCCUGAAGAUGUGACAGUUAAUGUGGGUAUUUCGGAUCGUGUACCCAUUUGCAACGUCCCGGGUCACGCUUGGAAGCAGGUGAUUCAUCGUGAUACGGUCUCGUGGCUAGCAUAUUGGAACGAGAACGUUAUGGGCGGCAUCAAGUACGUCUUCUUUGCAGCUAGUUCGAGCUUUAAGGGCAAAUCGGACUUGGCUAAGUACGAAAAGGCUCGACGACUGAAGAAAUGCAUCGACAAGAUCCGUCGGGAUUAUACAAAGGGGUUAAAGGCCAAGGAUAUGUUCACCAAACAGCGUUCGACUGCUAUGUGGGUCAUUGAUGUGCUGGCGCUGCGUGUGGGUAACGAGAAAGGAGAGGACGAGGCUGAUACAGUUGGCUGCUGCAGUUUGCGUGUGGAGCACAUGUCCUUCAACGACGAGAACUGUGCCCUCACACUGUCUUUUCUGGGUAAGGACUCGAUGCCGUACAACAACACUGUCGAACUAGCACAAUAUGGGGACGUGGGUAAGCAAGUGUACCAUAACUUACAGAAGUUCUGCGCCAAGAAGGGGAAGAACGAGGAAGUUUUUCAUGAGUUGUCGGUCACGGAGCUGAACAAACACUUGAGCUCGCUGAUGCCUGGACUCAGUGCGAAGGUGUUUCGUACAUUCAAUGCGUCGUUCACGCUGGAGAAGGAGCUGCCAGGCCCGUCAGGACAGGAGCUGGAUCCGCAGGGCAAGAUGGAAGUAGCGCCGAAGGUUGUGCUGUACAAUGACGCCAACCGGAAGGUUGCUAUCCUGUGUAAUCAUCAACGUACUGCCCCCAAGUCUUUUGACACGACGUUGGACAAGAUGAAUGCGCAACUGGGUCAGCUAAAAGAUCAACUGAAGGACCUGAAACAAAUGCAGAAGCUGAUUUCGACGGGUAAGGCUAGCAGUAUCAAGUUGAAGAAGGAGAAGCCUGCGUCCGACAAAGAGGAGGAUGCUCUGGCAAAGAAAGCUCAGGCUCACUUGUUCCAGCGUACACCCUCAGCUGACCAAGUUACGAAGAAGAUUGAGAACUGGAAGAAAAAGAUCAAGGCGUUGUCUCUGCGUCUUCAGGACAAGACGGACAACAAGGAAGUGGCGCUCGGCACGUCCAAGCUUAACUACAUGGACCCGCGCAUCACCGUCGCAUGGUGCAAAAGGAACGAAGUACCCAUUUCUGCAGUGUUUUCCAAGACGCUGCGUGAGAAAUUUGUGUGGGCUAUGGACGUGAACCCCGACUGGAAGUUCUGACCUCACAGAAGUCAAGAAAGCAAGGUACGCCCAGCUCAAAUAAAACAUAAAGAAAGAUGAUCUGACUGAGCAUGAGUACAACAAAAAAUCUCUCGCUUUGUUUCGUCCUUACUAGUUGAUUUAUCGCGAGACUUUUCUUGAAUAAUGCACAUCUUUUAGGACUGCAUUUCAACAUCUCCAUCCUUGUGUUUCGCUUCC